UUCAUGGGGUCCGAAAAGACUAAAGGCAUUUUAGCCUAUCCUUGGCUACACGUCCUCUCAAAGUUUUCAACCAAUGAAUCAUCCGUGUUUUUAUCAGUUUUGUGCCUCAAAUCCAAAACGACUGAGCAAACUUGACUUGGAAUUCUACGCAUUUUCAUUGAACCACUUUUCGUGGUGUCACAUUAUACAAUAUUCGAUCCAUACAUCCUGGGACCACGAGUAUUCUCCUGAACCAAAACAAAUUAUAUUUUAGGUAUGGAAAAAAUUCCUCCAUGACAAAUAAUCCAUUUACAAUAUGACUUAGCACAUCACAUAGUAAAAAAAAAAAAAAAAAAACACUUGAAAAUAAUAAUAAUAAAUUACUUAGAUGUACAGAAAAAUUAGUUUAUUUGGCAAGCCUAAAGCCACUGGGAUCCCUAAUUGCACGUGGAAUACAGGUUCUUCUGUCGUAGUUCCUACUUCUCCUUUCAUAUAUCGGAAAGGCUUCCCCGCCCAAACUUCGGCUUCCCCGACUCUCUCUGUGCUUCUACAAAAAGACGCAACGCUGCUAAGAGACGAAUCAAAAGUUUCGUAACUCCCAAUUAACACAAACCAGUCUCUCCCAAUCCAACGGUCCUAACCCCUCCCCCUAGCUCCAACCCGCCCAUCCACCCUCUUAUCACAACCGUCCGUUACAGAAAAACCUUGUCCUUUUCUGUGGCCACCCUAGCGUUUAUCUCCCCACCCACAUUUAAAAAUGGCAAUGUUGGUACCUUCGUGGCUUGAAUCAUUGUUGUCGACAGCCUUCUUCUCCAUCUGCCGGUGGCACAAAGAUGGUCCGAGAGGCGAAUGCAACAUGUACUGCUUAGAUUGCAACAAUGGCGCAUUCUGCUCUUAUUGUAAAUCAUCAAGACACAAAGAUCACCAAGUAAUUCAGAUCAGACGGUCGUCGUAUCACGAUGUUGUGAGGGUGUCUGAGAUUCAGAAGGUGUUAGACAUCAGUGGAGUUCAGACUUAUGUGAUAAACAGUGCGAGAGUGUUGUUUCUUAACCAGAGACCUCAGCCUAAAACAGCCGUUAAAGGGGGCUCACAUAUCUGUGAAAUAUGUACGAGAUGUCUCUGGGAUCCUGUUCGUUUUUGUUCAUUGGGAUGCAAGCUUGAGGGACUAAAGAAGAAGGGGGUGUUAAAUGAGAUCAGUGCAUCAGUAUGCACAUGCAGUGCAGAUUCCUUGUCGGCAAGCAUGGGAUGA